GAUCUCUCUCAUGAUCAGCGGGCUCGGCUAGCUUGCACGAUAGCAUGAUGGCUCACGUUACUGCACGAGCGCGAGGCUCGUGAGCCGCACUAUGACCUCCCCCGUCGCAUCUCACCUCCAUGACCAUGGUUCCGCCGCCUCCCGCCUACAGUCGAAGGGCCAACGUUCAUCGCCAUCCGGACUACUACUUUGAGGACGGGAAUCUCAGCAUCCUGGUAUCGGAUACGCUCUUUCGACUGUGGACCGGUCUCUUUCGCGCUCCGCACUCCAGAGCAUUUGAAAAGAUGUAUCCCGCAUUGGCCUACACAGACGACGGCUCACCGCUACGGCUCACGGGUAUCACGGCGAGGGAGUUCGAGAAAUUGCUCUGGGUCCUGUAUCCGCUGACCAUCGGCGAGUUCAGUGCUGAGACAAUCGAUGACUGGCUCGCCGUUCUUAAGCUUUCGACCUUAUGGGAAUUUGCAGCGAUACGGAAACUCGCGAUCAAGCGCCUCGGUUCUCUCCCAAUAGAACCUGUGCGCAAGAUUGUCGUUCAUAAGCAGUAUGACAUCGAGAAGGCGUGGGCAUUCGACGCCUUCAAUACGCUCUGCAGACGCUGCGACCCGCCUACGGUUCGCGAAGGUCGUGACCUCGGGGUGGACGUGUUAGCGAAGGUGGCGCAGACGCGAGAGAAGCUGGCCGAGACGUGGGGUAAAGGCUCCCGGGCGGCACUUGUACGCGAUGCGUGGGCUUACUAAGGGUAGGCAGAUACCUGCUUCGAGUCCUCAUACGAGCACCUGUAUUUGUACCGACACGUCUGUGGCGUUCUCUGCCGCGAAUAUCUAUACUGGGUUCGUUUGGCGAUAGAGAAAGGUCUUUGCACUGCGGGUUGUGUGUACAAAUCAUUCCGUGUUCCACGAACCCACGAUGCUUUUCAACCCAGCAACAUGAAGACUUGAUUGGACCACUGAA